AUGACUUUACAACAAAAACAACAACAGCAACAGCAACAACAACAGCAAUAUCUACAUCAACAACAUUUGAUUUUCCUGCAACAUGGAUUGCACGCAACCAAAUCGGAUUACGAUGUAAUUACAAAGAAAAUCACAGAGAAACUAGAUGAUGUAGUUAUAUGGAGUGGAUCGACAAAUCCUAAUAUGCUGACAAGACAAGGUAUUGAUAAGUGUGGAGAGAGAAUGGCACAAGAGAUAAUGGAAAUAUCCAAAACCAUUAAACCAACACAUAUCACAAUUAUCGGUCACAGUUUAGGUGGUCCUAUUUCCCGUUAUGCAAUAGGUAUUCUCCAUGAACAAGGUUAUUUCAACCAAGUAAUUCCACUUCAAUUCAUAACAUUAUCAUCUCCACCAGAUUGUGGAAGUAGAAGACCAAAGAGAGGAUUGUAUAAUGUUGUGGCGGGAUAUGUUACCGAUAAUUUGAUAGGCACAACCGGUAGACAGUUGAUGUUGACGGACGACGUUGAUAAUCCGUUGUUGUUGGAGAUGACCAAAGGCAAGUUUAUAGAGGGUCUCGCACAGUUUGGAAGUCGUGUACUCUACUCUACCAUUGAGAAUGACUUGCAUGUUAUGUUCAAUACCUCGAACAUCUCACAUAGCAAUCCAUAUACAAAGCCAGGUGCAGUAGUGAAACUAUCGACAAAGUAUCCUCAUAUCGUCGAUGAAGAUGCAACCGCUGAAUUCAUAGCGUUGUCACCCAAAGAUGUAGAUAUAUUUAAAAACGAUGAAAGAGGUGAUAAGCUAAGAGAGAUUCUACUAAAUCUACAAAAAUUAACAUUCACAAGAUAUCAUAUGAAAUUUGAUAAUCUACUUUCACAUACUCAUGUUAUUAUGAGAAGAGAGGGAUUAAACAGUGCUGGUCAAGACGUAGUACAACACUUAAUUGAACAUUUAAUCUUAGUAAACAAAGAUAAUGACAAUAAUAAUAUAAUAGAUGAUACUACUACUAAUACUACUACAACUUCUAAUCCAAUAAUUGUUGAAUCAAACAAUGUAUAG